UUUUAAUAACAAAUCCGAUAUAAAUUAUGCUAUUAAUAAUUGUCGACGUAUUGCAUUAAUAUUAGGACUUUGGCCAAAUAAUAAUAGAAAUUUUUUUCAAAAAAAUUUAAUAUUUUUUCUCAAUUUCACAUCAUUUAUAUUUAUUUUAUUUAUCAUUGUCUCGUCAAUUUUAUUUGGAAUAUUUGAAUUAAAUGAAAUGUCACAAAAAGUCAGUAUAACAGGACCAACAAGUUUUUAUGUUAUGGCAUUUAUGAAAUAUACAAUUAUUUUAAUACAUAGUCAAGAUUUGCAAAAUUGUUUUAAACAUUUGGAAAUUGAUUGGAAUAAUAAUCAAACAAUUGAACAACGUAAUGUAAUGUUAAAACAUGCAAAAUUUGGUAGACUUAUAACAAAUCUUUGUGCAAUUUUUAUGUAUCUUGGUGGUAUUUGGUAUUCAAUAUUAAAUCCAUUAACGGCUGAUUCAAUUGUUACAUAUAAAAAUAUUUCCUGUCAACCAUUUCCGGCGCCAGUUUAUGGAAAAUAUUUAACAAGUGGUCAAAGUCCAAUUUAUGAAAUUGUUUAUGCUAUUCAAUUAAUUGCAGUUUUUAUUAUGUAUUCAAUAGCUGUUGUGACAUUUAGUUUUGCGGCAAUUUUAACAAUUCAUGCAUGUGGACAAUUUGAAAUUAUUAUUAUUUAUUUAAAUGAUCUUGUCAGUGGUGUGGGGAAAAAAAAUUAUAAUCUAAAUGAUAAAUUAAUUGUUACUGUUAAUUUACAUUUACGUGUACUUAGUUUUGUUUCUCAAUUGGAAUCGGUUUUUAAUGAAAUAUGCUUUAUUGAAAUUAUGGGAUGUACUCUUAAUAUUUGUUUACUUGGAUAUUACACAAUUAUGGGAUGGAAAAAUGAAGAAGAAUUAGCAGCUAUUAUGUCAUAUACCUUUCUUCUUGCUUCCUUUAUAUUUAAUAUAUUUAUCUAUUGUUUAAUUGGAGAAUUGGUGACUGUACAGGCUACAAAAGUUGGUGAAAAAGGCUAUCAAAUCGAUUGGUAUUUAUUGCCAAAAGAAACAAUAAAAGAUUUAUUAUUUUUCAUAAGAAUUUCUCAAUUUCCACCAAAAAUUUCGGCGGGAAAAAUUUUUGUCCUCUCACUUGGAACUUUUAGUACGGUACUCAAAACUUCAGCAGCAUACUUCAAUGCUCUUUGGAAAAUUUCACAAUAAUUUUUCCAUAAAUGAAAAUUUAUUUUAAUUCACAAAAAUUAUUUUAGUUUUUCU